UUUCUUCUUCUUCCUAGCAUACAGUAUAGUUUUAUUAUUUCAAACAUUAGUUCUUUUUUGUUUUGUUGUAUUAAAAUAAUAUAAAUUGUAAGUAGUGUGUUGUGCAUCUUCAACGGUCUCAACGGACAAUGUGAAUCGUAGUGCUUUUAAAUAUAAAUAUUAUUCAAUUAAAAAUAAUAAAUAUAAAUUCAUAAAUGCAUAUGAAUGUCAAUUAUUGCUGUUGAGAGUUCGUUCGUUGUCGUUCAUAGUACAAGAACAAAGUGAACACUACAACACUUCAAAGGAAAAAAUAAAAAGAAAAAAAUGACGAAGCGUCAUCACUAAAAUUGAAAAUAAGAGGAAAAGCAAUAUUAGAGACUCCACACUUACAUCUCAUCGCAAAAAUGCCUUCCCAGCAGCCGUAUGACUUGGUGAAAGAUCACGAAGAUCCGGAUUUACGCGUUCCAGUUCAGGCUGAACAAGCCUUUUUCCAAGGAAUUAAAUUUCCUGCUAAGUUGAUCGGAUGGCAAGAAGUCCAAAGACCGAAUACGCGAGGUGAGAUUGUGUCUGCCAUGAGACGUAUUCGAUAUGAAAGCAAAGUGCAAAACACAAAAAAGACAAAAGUCGUUCUCCAGAUUUCCGUUGAUGGCAUUGCGAUAUCGCUGAAGAAGAAAAAACGAAGGAAAAAACAAUGGCACGCUGCAGAUGAUGUCCCAAUUAUGUCCCACCCGAUCUAUAGAAUAUUUUACGUUUCCCACGAUAGCAAUGAUCUUAAAAUAUUUAGUUAUAUUGCGAGAGAUGGCGGCAGCGACACAUUCAAAUGUCUCGUAUUCAAAACGACGAACAAGUCACAAGCGAUGAAAGUUGUUCGUACCGUUGGACAAGCAUUCGAAGUUUGCCACAAAUUAUCGAUGGAAAAUAACAGUUAUGCCGAUGAUCGUUCCGAACAAAGUAUAUCCGAGCAUGAGAGAUGCUCGCCCGAGCCAUUAAGUGACUUAGACGACAUUAAGAAAGAUGCGACGCCGAUCACAGCCGAGCCUCAGUUAAUCCGACCAAAUCAUCUAGAUAUAAUUCCCACAACACAUUUCAAUUUCAAUCCGCCACCGAAGAAACUAGAGACUGGUGAAAACGAUGACAAAACGCCGGAUACUCCAAACACACGCGAGUUAAAACAAUUGCGGGAACAGUUGGAACAACAAUCACUCCAAACGAGACAAGCAUUAGCGCAGUUAAUGUUGGUACGGGAACAGCUACUGACGGAAACAAAUGCAAGAAUCGAGGCACAAGCACGUACUCAGCAACUUUUACAACAAAACCGUGAACUUUUGGAACAUAUCGCUGCAAUUGGUGGCUAUCAAGACUCGGAUCGUGCUGGCGCAGGAAAUAUUGGACUUGCACCUCAAUCAUUUUCGACCCUCAGUUUGGGUUCGCCAGGCGCCUCGGGACUCAAUAUUAGUCCCUUUAGUACGUUAAAUAAGCAAUUUCAACCGUCCUCGUCAGCAUUGGCGAUGAAUUUGCAAAAUACCCUUGCCUCGAUUAAUCAGUUGCAAGGAUUGCAGCAGCAAAAGAACCAAAAUGCCGAGUUAUUGGCACAACAGGAGAUUUACAAUUUGAACCAAGAACUGUUAAAUAAGUUGCAGAACCUGAGUUUGUUGGGACAAUUAAAUCCCGGCUUCACUGCCAGCGGCGUUCCAUACGGUUUGUACGGAAAUCAGCAGCAGCAGGCGCCACAACAGCAAUUUGGCAGUCAAAAUAGCUCGCCGAGCGGCGGCACGUUAACGCCUCUCGGCAACAACAACAACAACAAUCCGAAUGUUGUGAAGCAGCAACAGUCACCCUACAUGAGCACUCCAUUAAAUAGUAAUAAGUUAGGCUUAAGUCUAGAUGAGAGUUUGGAUAACUUGACGACGACGACAUCGGCGACAACCACGAGUCCCGCAAGCAGCAAACGCAGUCAGGAAUCGCCGCAAUUUAUUAGGCCGUUAUCGCAAUUUGGCACCAUGACGACUGUCAACUACGAUGGCAAGGUGAAAGUUAUUGUCCCAGUGACGACGACGACGACAGAGGAGGAAGGACCAAAAAAAUCGAAAAAAGUGUCGAUUCCGGGCAUUGUGACGACAGACGAACGUGGCACGCUGAAACGAAUGGCGUCGGCGACGUCGUCUUGCGGCUCGGCAACACCGAGUUUCAUUACGCGAAGCAGCAGCGAGAAAGUUCCUAGUCGGAGUCAGAUGAUGACGGAGAUGCAGCGCACGCAAUGGGCGAGACACACAACCAAAUAAGGAGUUUCUGUUAAUUUAAUUCAUUUUUUUUUUCUUCAAAACCCAAAGUAUUCCAUUUUGAUUCCUCCCGCGUUGACGAAGGAAUGAAGGAGCACGCCCAAAGUUACUUUCCAAAGUUAUUGUCACACAUAAAU